AGGUACUUGACAGUAGCGAUGAAGUUUCUAGAGUAUCUUGGGCUGAUACAGGAGGCCACGUGACACCCCGCCAUCCUCACAGUACCUGUUGACGCUUCAAAGGCUGCAAUAUUAUGAAAAUCUCCUGCCUUCUUUUUUACCAACAUACUCGACGGCAUCUUUUCAUCGCUGAGACACUGCCACCUCGAGUGAUCGAGUGAGAGACAUCAGCGAGUACCGUCUUUGAGGUUUAUUCUUUUUUUUUUAAUUUUUCUUUGAAAAGCGUUUGGCGCAUCAUGCCUCCCUCAAAGUGGGACGACGAGGAGGAAAGCUCUGGUCCUUCUUCGCCUCCUCCAGUUGCGGCUGCUUAUCGUCGCAAAUUCGACGAUGAGGAGGAAGAUGAGGUCCUUGACUCCUGGGACGCUGCCGAGGACUCGGAUGUAGAGCGAGAAAAACAAGCGGCGGCAGCAGCGGCCAAAGCCAAAGCCGAAGCUGAAGCGGCAGCAAAGAAGAAAAGCAAAGCGCAGCGGAUAGAAGAGCACAAGCAGCAACGACGACGAGAGGCAGAGGCCAAGGGCGAGGCAUCAGAGGACGAAUCCGACGAGGACGAAGCCGAGCGCAAGGCGCGGUUGCGGAAGACGGAGAAGGAUUCUGAUCUCAAGCACGCGGAGGAUCUGUUCGGGGACAUCGACCUCAACAGGACCCGGAACCGGGGCGCGCCCAGGGCCAUCGUCGUGGAGAACUCAGGGGAUCCCACGCAGGCUGUGGAUCUUUCUGCGAUGCCGCUCUUUAAGCCUGCUACCAAGGACCAGUUUACUAAACUCACAAAUACGCUCAUUCCCCUGUUGACCGUGCACUCGAAGAAGCCGGCGUAUUCUCUAUGGGCACAGGAUUUCAUUAGGCAGCUUCUAAAGGAGCUUCCUAGUGCUGAGGUUAAGAAGGUUUCCAGUGUCCUUACCACCAUGAGCAAUGAGAAGAUGAGGGAAGAACGCGCGGCAGACAAGGGGUCUAAGAAGACAAAGGCGGCCAAGACCAAGGUCUCUCUGGUCACCUCCAGGAAUAAUGAUCUGGACACUACAGCCUAUGAUGAUGAUGGGCUGGGUGACGAUGACUUUAUGUGAAUUGAACAAGAAAAGAAUAAAAAGCCCAGAUCCAGACCCCUUCGACGGAAGAUCAUUGUCAGCGUAUAUUUUAUUUUCUUUUGUAUUGUCAUGUCUAUAUCUGAAUGCAUUGCUUGGGGUUGUUAUUUUUUGCCCUUUUUUUUUUUUCUGCAUUUCUCACUUUUCGAGUCUUUUCCUCGUGUAGACAAACUGUUAUUGUUACCCUGUGUCUAUAUCUAUUUCCUUCCCAUUAAUUACUAAUGACUAGAUUCUGCAUUUCUUUCUAGACUCAAAACUACAUUUCCU